AUGCAUGAUCUUGUGGGUGCAGGUGGCGUGGAACCUGUGGAUCUCCUGGUUCUCCUUGCCAGCACCGAGAACGACCUGCCCAAGCUGGAGGAGCUGGUGGCGGCGGGGGCAGACCUGAGCGUCAAGGUGACCAAGGGAGCGGAGUAUUCGCAGGUGAUCACCAACACGGCGUCUGCCAUCCCUGCCGAGGUGGAUGCCCAGGGCCAGAUGGUCACUAUGCCAGCCCCUCGCUGGAAAGCCGGAAUGAAUGCUGCGGGGCGGAAGAUCACCUCGCUCGCGUCCGGCCUGUCGCUGUGA